UGAUAAGUUUUUAAUGGUUACUAACGUUAGACAAUUUUCUGAUAACUUUUUUGUGCAUUAAACUGGCAUUAAAUAAGCUUUUGGCAGUGCAGAGAAAUAACACCAUACCAUGACAAAAUAGCUGCUAACUAGCAAAUUAGCAGCUAGCAAAAGAAAACCAAGUAGUAACACAAAGUUACUAACCGUUAUCCAGCUUGACAAUUUGAGGCAACCUAUAAGCACUGACAAGUUGAUCUAAUGGUUACGGUUUUUACCGGAAGUUGAGGAAGCAUGGCAGCUAUGCGUGGCAGUGACUUUGAUAACUGAAAGAGUCGACUAAAGGCAGCUUAUUACAAAAUAAAACUCGUCCUGGUUCUCCAGAUGUGAGGCUUGUAAAUCAUCAUGACGAAAACGCUCUACCAAUUUCCCAUUGCUUAUCUAUGUCCUUCUAAUUCUGCUCCUUAUUGCACUUUCUUUAUGUCAGCACCCCAUCACCCCCCUACAUCCUUCUUAAAAACAUACUUACAUUGGGGUAAAUAUUAAUGUACCCCAUUUAUGAUGUAUAUGGGGCAGAAAGUGAUAUGGGAAAGUAUACAGCACACAUAAACACUGAAUUGCUACCUUUUUAUAAACAGUCUAUGAUUGCUACAUAGAUGUCAAAGAAUCACAUGGGAGGGGGGAAGCAACAGCCAUUGGGCCUUAGCCUGGCAGCGGUGUGGACAUAAAUGUGCCAACAAUGACACUGUCAUUGCACUUCCUGAUCUCCCUGAUACAAAUCAGAAGAGCUUCCUCAAUUUAGUCUGUAGCUCAGUGUACUCUUAACUGCGACCAUGUCUUUUCUGGACACUCUGCGCCUUUGGGACGAGGCUGUAACUUGUGUUGACAGACAGGAUUUGACAGAAGCACUCAGGAUUUUCCUGUCUAUCCAAGAACCAAACUCCAAAAUUUGUUUUGACAUUGGCUGUCUCCAUCUUCUUAACCAAAACCUGGAUGAUGCUGAAAAGGCAUUUGAUUGCAGCAUACGCAAGGACGAGCAUUUGGCUGUUGCCUUCUUUCAAAGAGGAAUCACGUUUUACAGAAAGAAGAGGUAUGAGGAGAGUUUAGCUGAUUUCCAGCAUGCCUUCAAAAGACUAAGAGGCAACCAGCUGAUAGAUUACAAAGCACUUGGUCUCAGAUACAAGUUAUAUGCAUGUGAGAUUCUCCACAAUAUGGCUCUGGCUGAGGCUCAGCUGGGUAACUGGGAAAAGGCUCAGGAACACCUUGUGAAGGCUCUCGACUACAAGACAGACGUCAAGCUCAAUAUCAUCGACAAAGCUCUGCAAUCCACCCUGAAACAGAAAAUUUUCAAACCAGUCGAGUUCCCAUCAAAAGUGCUAUUUAAACCAAAUAAGCACUAUGUUGCUGAGCUGGAAAAGAAGGACUACCUUGGCAAAGCGAAGGUUGUUGCCUCUGUCGUUCCUCAGGAUGCCUUCUCAGGAUUUGCCCCUUUACAGCCACAGGUUGAAGAUGGUCCAAUUCUUCCUAAAGAACCUGAGGUUCUAAGAGCUUUAGAAGGAGAACCCCACACUGUCCUGUUUGAGUUUGAUCCUGAGACCAGUGAUGAGUUGGCUGUAGUGCCAGGCAAUAUUGUGUUUGUACUCCAGAAGGGUGCUGACAACUGGGCAUCUGUGAUCUUCAAUGGAAGAAAGGGACUUGUUCCUUACAAUUACCUGGAACGUUUGGAGAUCUCCAUGGCUUCUAAACAGAAUGAGGCCAUUACCCAUCAACAGGGAAAAUCUGAGCCUCCGACUCGAAAGGCACCGACCAGACCUGAAAGGAAACCAGGUCUUACUCCUAGUGAUAGCAGUGGAGACCUCCAACGAAAGGAUACACAGUCUACCGACAAUUCAUGUAUUGUCAAAGUACGUUUCACAUUCAACUUUGCUGUCUCAGUACCACCUGGGUCACCCUACGCCAUACUGAUUGAGAAAAUCAGUAAGAAACUGCAUCUGCCUUCUACUGCAAUCACCUUGAGUAUAAACUCAGAGGCAACUGGACAAAUUGUAAUCAAUGCAAACACAGAAAUGGAAAGUGUGUGGAGUUGUGCCAGCGGCAGGCGCAUCACCUUAUGGUGUAACACCAAAGAGCAAACUGACGGAAAGCCAGAGAAUGAGAAUAAGACUCACUUGGUUGCACUUCAUUCCUACAAGUCAUCAAACCCAGAGGAUCUCAAUUUCGAAGAAGGCGAAACAAUAACAUUAAUCUCUAGAAUCAACAAGGAUUGGUUGGAGGGGCAAUGUGAUGGGAAUACCGGUAUAUUUCCAGCAUCCUUUGUGGAAGAAGUUCCUGAAUAAAUGUAAACAGAAAAGCUACUAAAGCCAGUUAUGUGGCCAAAGCUGAAAAGUGGUCAUGUAUAAUAAAAUAUAAAUAUUUUAUAUAAUAUAAAAUAUAACUAAAUUGAUUAGGAAUCAAUAACAGGUUACAUUUUGUGAUUUAGUAAGUAACACAAAAAUAAAAACAAGUGAUAUCUGGUUGUAUAUGAAAACAUUUAAUUAUUGUUUACAGCUUCCAGUUAUUAGAAGCAAUAUAAAUGUAAUAUCUGUAACUGCAGGCAGCCAUGAUUAAAUACAGUGUUGGAGACCUUGCAGAUUUGCUGGUAAAUUAUCACGAAGAUGUUCCUUCCUCUUCAUAAGCAAUAGGUAGGCCUCGCACGCCCUUUACUGCCUUCACCACAGGUGUCUCUCCCAACUUCUGCUCUAAGCCAUGCCAGCUCCGUACUGCCAGGAAAGAUGCUGAGAAGAGAAAGCAUAUAUGUGUAAUGUAAUACAAGACAUGCGUAAGAGUGUUUUUUGUGUAAAACUGUAACAAGUGUGUUUUUUUUUGUUAGAAUUACUGUAUGUGAGCAAAAUUCUGCAAUAAAUCUAUGGAUUGAAAUUAAA